UCUAUCUAGCUUACCUACAGUAAGUUCUUUGUUGAGACGUAAAUACCAUCAAUACCUCUGACUGUGUUUCCUCUUUUUUACUCUUCUCCUUGAGCCGACAGUGUCCCAUGUUCCCUCUGCCCGCUGUGAUUCCACCAUGUCCUUUCACUGGGGAUCAAGGAUUCUUCCUCCAGGAAAACAUCAAAGACAGAAAACUCCGAGCGCUCCUUCCCUCACCUUUCCCUCUAAACCUCUCCCUUCGUCUUCAGACGUCUUCUUCCGCACUUCUGGAAUUCCCUGCCCAGGCCGUCGGGUGUCUUUGGAUCCCCUCCUGCUCGUCCCCCACAAGCCUGCGGAAGCUCCACAGCCGAAACCUUGUUUUUUCCUUCUUUCUUUCCGUUGGUUUGGAGCAGAAAUCAAACUCGGCUUUGCUCUGCUUGACCCUCUUAUUCACACAUAUCAGUCUGUAGCUCACAGCUGGCAGCCCACUGGAGAGGAAUUUAUUUCACACGAAAGCAGGUCUCUGUUGCUCAACAGCUUAUACCUGCACACCCACCAUUACCAGAGAGCCAUUGACUCCUCAUGAGGCCAGUCACCUGAAUGGAAUUAAGCCAGGCGCUGCGAGUGACUAUUAAGAGGCUUUUCCUUUUUUAACUGGAGAAGAACUGCUGCUCGUGUCCCUAGAAUCCAAACGCGAUUUUCAAGAGCCAGAGCCCUCAGAUUUGCUGUGCUUGUUAUUCCAACGUUUAUUAACUCCCAGAUUCAUGUUCUCUCCCUGACCGUCGCAGGGCGCCGCCAGGUCAGUUGAGAGGUGAGAGAUCGCGUGCACUGAGGCCCUAGUCCUUGAGGCCCCGAGGAUCAGGGCAUUGAAACACCGUCUCGCCUGCUGGUCGGGCUGCACCUGCGAGGCGUGCGGCUCGGAGCCACCCAUGGAGGUGCAGGCUGUGGAUCGGGCCCGCGCGGCGUUCCUCUCGGGCAGGACGCGGCCCCUGAAAUACAGAGUCCGUCAGCUGGAGGCGCUGCGCAGACUGAUCACCGAGAGGGAGGCGGAGGUCACCGCUGCACUAAAGCACGACCUCGGCAAGAGCCAGUUUAACGCACAUCUGUUUGAGCUCGUGGGCCUGGACAGCGAGAUCCAGCUGUCCCUGGAGAGGCUGGCGGAGUGGACAGCCCCCCAGCCCAUGGAGAAGACCUUGCUGACCCUGAUGGACCGGGUCUACGUCCAGCCCGAGCCCCUGGGGGUGGUGCUGAUCAUCGGGGCCUGGAACUACCCCUUUGCCCUGACCCUCCAGCCUCUGGUGGGGGCCAUCGCCGCCGGUAAUGCAGCUGUAAUAAAGCCCUCGGAGUUGAGCGGGCAUUCAUCCAGGCUGCUGGAAGAGCUGCUUCCUCAGUACCUGGACAGGGAGAUGUACCCAGUGGUGACCGGGGGAGUCCCAGAGACCCAGGAGCUCCUGAGGCAGCGCUUCGACCACAUCUUCUACACCGGGAAUCAAUGUAUGGAUCAGACUAGGGUUGAAGUACUUGAUCCUGAACCUGGUACUGCAGGCUGGUACUGGUACUGCAGGCUCGGCCGGUGUCUGUCUCUUUCCCUCUGCAGCCGGAUCACCUGGGGGAAGUUUGCCAACUGUGGUCAGACCUGCAUCGCUCCCGACUACAUCCUGUGUGACCCCAGCAUACAGGACCGAGUGGUGGAGGAGAUUGGGCGAACAGUGCAGGAAUUCUACGGCAACGACCCCAAGAAAUCGCCGGACUACGGACGCAUUGUCAACAAGCGCCAUUUCAAAAGGGUCAUGUCUCUGCUGGAGGGCUGCACCAUAGCCCUUGGGGGAGAGCAUGAUGAGUCACAGUGCUACAUUGGCCCCACUGUCCUGAAGGACGUCACGCCCCACUCCAGGGUGAUGCAGGAGGAGAUCUUUGGGCCGGUCCUGCCCAUCCUGAGCGCGGGCAGCGUGGACGAGGCCAUCCGCUUCAUCAACGAGCGAGAGAAGCCACUGGCGCUGUACGUCUUCUCCAAGAACAAGAAGCUGAUCGACCGCGUGAUCGCCGAGACGUCCAGCGGCGGGGUCACGGCCAACGAUGUGCUGCUGCACUACACAGUGGGCGCGCUGCCCUUCGGGGGCGUGGGUCACAGUGGGAUGGGCAGGUACCACGGGAAGCACACCUUCGACCAGCUGAGCCACCAUCGCGCCUGCGUCGUCCGGUCCCUGGCCGGGGAGGGCCUGAACCAGGCGCGCUACCCGCCGCUGAGCCGCCGCGGGCUGCGAACCGCGAGGUUCUUCAUGCAGAAGCGCGUGCGGACCGCGGGCCGGGGCUGCUGCGUGCUGGCCGUGGUGUCCAGCCUGCUGGCCCUGGGCCUGCUGCUCGCCCUGCUGCUGGUGCUGCUGAAGGUGGCGUGACGGGCCGCGUCGGGGGGGAGCGAGCUCAGCCUGGGCCCGUGGCAGGACAUCCCCAGCUGAGAGCGUCCGGAACUCCCACUCCCUGUUUUUCAACUGAUCAAUUCUUUCAAUUAAAGUAGCACCUUCGGGAAGCAAUUUCCAGCUAGUGUCCAGCAGUUUCAAGAGAAUGGAGAGCUGUAAAAGAUCAUGUUAUUAAGAGACAAGCCUUGCUUUUUUGCUCAUGGGAAAUGGCAACAAGCUAAUCGAGACUGGUUCUUAUUUUCCCUCUACACAAUUAGCUUCUACUUCACACAGUAAAUACUCUAACCUGGCAGGUCAUCCACUGGGAAAACUAAGCCCUAUUAAUACUGCUGAUCAGCGGGUGUUUUCAAGCCAGGUUCAUGGGAGUUUUUUUAAAGCCUGCAUUUACAUUGUAACGUGGAUUGCUGUGGAUUGCUAUAUAAAUCGAAGGACAUUGAACAGUAGUAAUAGACUAAUGAGCACCGAGUUCGUGAUUCUGUAUGUUCACCCUAGAGUUUCCCUGGCUUUUUUAAAAUUACAUAGUUUUCACAUCUUCUUGCACUCAAUGCAUUAUUGUAUACAUCAUAAAAACUGCCAACCUAUUGUUGGAGUUGUUUUAACACCCGUUGUAUAUACUAUAGUUGUAAUAAUAGUGUUUUAAUAAGUCUGAAUAUUAGUUUUUAAUGUCUGAGCAUUGUGUGAGCCUGUAAGUGUCGUUUGCUCUUACCUCUACCUAGGGAGCUAGGUUUUUGAUUAAAAAUGGUAAGGAUUUAAAUUUUAGGAUGUUAUAUAUGUUCUGUCCACAAGGUGUCAGUCCGUUGCCAUCAAACAAAAACCUCAACAACACAAAUAAACAUAAUUACUUGAUAAACA